AUGGAGGACGUCGAAGAAGCUAACAAAGCAGCUGUUGAAAGCUGCCAUAGAGUUCUGAGUCUUUUUUCUCAGACCCAAGAUCAAGUUCAGUAUAGGAAUUUGAUGGUGGAAACUGGGAAGGCCGUGUCUAAGUUCAAGAAAGUUGUUUCCCUUCUCAAUACUGGUUUAGGUCAUGCUAGAGUUAGAAAGCGUAAGAAACUUCAAAUUCCUUUUCCUGAAAGAAUCCUCUUAGAUAAUCCCAAUUGUAUUACAGACUAUCCAUCCAAAACUCCUCACUUUAUUCAGUCUAGCUUUCCUGAAAACCCAGUUCAAGAUUUGGGUUUAAAUGUUAAAAAUUCCUUGUGUUUGGGAAACCCAUCAUUGGAAUUAAGCACUAAUGGGAAAAAUCCGCUUCAACCGGCGCAACAAGCACCUCCAACACAGUAUCAUUUCCUUCAGCAACAACAGCAGCAACAGCAAGUGCAACAACAGCAACAGCAACAGCAGAGGUUGUUCCUUCAGCAGCAACAGCAGAUGAAACACCAAGCAGAAAUGAUGUACCGUAGGAGCAAUAGUGGCAUAAACCUGAAUUUUGAUAGCUCUAGCUGCACACCUACGAUGUCAUCUACAAGAUCCUUCAUUUCUUCCUUGAGCAUAGAUGGAAGUGUGGCUAACUUUGAUGGUAAUUCCUUCCAUUUGAUUGGGGCUCCUCUCUCUUCGGAUCAGAAUUCACAACAUAAGAGGAAGUGUUCUGCAAGGGGAGACGAUGGGAGUGUGAAAUGUGGUAGCAGUGGUAGAUGUCACUGCUCAAAGAAGAGGAAACAUAGAGUGAAAAGAUCUGUUAAGGUGCCUGCUAUUAGUAACAAGCUUGCAGAUAUCCCUCCAGAUGAUUAUUCAUGGAGGAAGUAUGGACAGAAGCCAAUCAAGGGUUCUCCUCACCCAAGGGGAUACUAUAAAUGUAGUAGCAUGAGAGGUUGUCCUGCAAGGAAGCAUGUUGAAAGGUGCUUGGAAGAACCCUCUAUGCUUACGGUUACCUAUGAAGGUGAGCAUAACCACCCAAGGAUACCAUCACAAUCUACAACGACAUGA